AUGGCAGAGGUCCUGUCGCCGCACAUGCCUCCUCCAUCGCCUUCACCCAACGACUCGUCCGAUUCCAUUCCUUCAAUAGCACAACCUCCACAAGCACAACCGCGACCACAAGCACGAGAGCGCGUACCCAGCUACGCUCAGAGCAGGAUGUCUCAAUACAGCAAGUCGUCGCAACGGUCAAGACCGCAGUCGACCGCGACGUCAGACUAUCCUGCAUUCACCUCGAGCCUUCCCUACGCUCAAGUGCGCGACUUCGCAUACCCGCCCUUCCAUCCCCUCCACUACGGCGCCCAACCCGAGUCCUCCGGCGCAUCGACACCAACCUCAGAAUUCCACCCAGGUCGCCGCUCCUCCGACCCAGAGAACCUACAACAGUUCAGCAACAGCUCGUCAAGCAGCGGCUGGUCAGCAGGACCCUGGGGCGGCGACGGCGUCAUGUACGGCGACCCAGAGCACGAAGACGGCAUCGCAGCCCUCCCCAGUACGAGUUUUGGCAGCAGCGACGAAACCGCAGACUUCGACAAUGAUUUAACGCUCGGCAGAAACAAACACCGCAAAUCCAAAUCCUACGCCGACAUCACCGACUUCGAGCGCGGACGGCGGCGCGAAAGCGGCGGCGCCGCAGCCGCACGACGGAGCAAAGACUUCGCCGACCCGCACCUCCUCUACUACCCGAACCAAGCAAGCGACCCCGCUGGCCGCGAACGCCUGCGGCAGAGCAGAGGAUACAGCAAUAGCGGCACAGCAGAAGGCCCACGACGGGACUCCCGCUUCGCUUCCAACGCAAACGCGACCUCCACCCUCCCGAACCGCAGUUUCCACCACUCCCAACCCCCCGCCACCUCCUCCGACGAGUCAGAGGAUCUAGACCCCAUACCCCUCGACACCGAACCCAACACCAGCACGCACUCCCCUUUGCGCUCGUCCAUGGGGCCGGAAGACGAAGAACUGUUCGCCGGCCCGUCGUUGGCCCUCUAUGCGUUUGAACCGGAGAACUCGAAUGAGUUGCGAUUGGUGGAGGGGCAGGAGAUCAUGGUGAGUUAUCGGCACGGACAGGGGUGGUUGGUGGCGAGCGAUCCGCGGACGGGGGAGCAGGGGUUGGUUCCUGAGGCGUAUGUGAGGUUGAUUGCUGAUAUGCCGAAUUAUGAUCCUGAGAUUGGGGGGUUUGUGGAUGUGGAGGAGGGAGAGGGGGAGGGAGAGACGGAGGAUGAGACUGGUGAGGUUGCGGAAGAUGAGAGAGCUGAAGAGCGAGGUCCUGCGGAUGCAAAGACUUUGGAAGCGGAUGAAGCGUCCGAUAAGAAGGCGGAAGGUGUUGGAGGAGCGCCGUAG